UACUUCCGUUCUGUCUCGCGCAUGUUCUCUUGUCUUUCCGUUUGCUGACAUUGCCUGAUUUAUUGAACAAAAAUGGUGCGCCCACUCCAUAAGCCAACUAUUAUCAAGAAACGUACCAAAAAGUUUAUCAGACAUCAGUCUGAUAGGUAUAAAAAGCUGAAGUCAAACUGGCGUAAACCUAAGGGAAUUGAUAAUCGAGUACGACGGCGGUUUAAAGGUCAAUACUUGAUGCCAAAUAUUGGUUAUGGUUCAAAUAAAAAAACCAAGCAUAUGCUGCCUGAUGGAUUUAGAAAGUUUUUAGUUCACAAUGUUCGAGAAUUGGAAAUAUUGAUGAUGCAAAAUCGAGUAUAUGCAGCUGAAAUUGCUCAUGGUGUCUCCAGCAAGAAAAGAAAAGACAUAGUUGAUCGUGCAUUGCAGUUAAACAUAAAAGUAACAAAUCCACAUGGUCGUCUUCGCUCCCAAGAGGAUGAAUAGAUAUAUUUCAGGCCAAAAAUAAAUAUUCUUUAAGCCUUA